CCACAGGAGGGUGGCAGUGCGACAGGACACCCAUGGGGGUCAGGGUGUGUCUGUCCCCCCCAGGUGACACGGGUGUCCCCACAGGAGGGUGGCAGUGCGACAGGACACCCAUGGGGGUCAGGGUGUGUCUGUCCCCCCCAGGUGACACGGGUGUCCCCACAGGAGGGUGGCAGUGCGACAGGACACCUGCAGCAUCGUGGCCAUCUCGCUGAACAUCCUGCAGCGCGUCCACCCGGUCAUCUGGUCACUGAGCUCGCUGCCCUUCGACUGUACCCAGGCACUGCCUGUCCCCAAACCCAUCGGCGGCGUGGUGAUCUUCGCGGUGAACUCCCUGCUGUACCUGAACCAGUCCGUGCCCCCGUACGGCGUCGCCCUCAACAGCCUCACCUGCGGCACCACCGUCUUCCCGCUGCGGAUCCAGGAGGGUGUGAGGAUGACUCUGGACUGUGCCCAGGCCACCUUCAUCUCCUAUGACAAGAUGGUCAUCUCGCUCAAGGGGGGGGAGAUCUACGUGCUGACGCUGAUCACGGACGGGAUGCGCUCCGUGCGCUCCUUCCACUUCGACAAAGCGGCCGCCUCCGUCCUCACCACCUGUAUGGUCCCUCUGGAGCCCGGUUAUCUCUUCCUGGGGUCCCGGCUGGGCAACUCGCUGCUGCUCAGGUACACGGAGAAGCUGCAGGAGCCGCCGGCUGGGGCGGGCAAGGAGGGGGCUGAGAGACAGGAGGAGCCCCCGGUGAAGAAGAAACGCUCGGAGCCAUCGGGGCCAUGGGCAGGGGGGAAGCCGCAGGCGCAGGACGAGGUGGAUGAGAUCGAGGUGUACGGCAGCGAGGCGGCGUCGGGGACACAGCUGGCGACGUACAGCUUCGAG